AUGUACCCCUGGGUUUCAUUUGCUAAUUCGCUCCGAAACAGCUGCUCGCUUGCAUGUACCCAGUCUCAUAAGAUAUAUUGCGCUCCUAAGCCGCAGCCAUCGAUCGAGGAACCGACCGGGACAUCAGCCACCAACCCUUCACCCCCGGUCAACGGUGAAACUGCCCCAAAUACGGGGGAUAUACAAGCCCAACCUAAAGCGUCCACUGCAGCUGGCAAUGCUAGUGCUGCAUCAUCCGAGCUCCAAGAUCUCCUCCAGCGCUACCCUCAGCUACGUACGCAGCUGCACGAUAUAUACCAAGCGGCACAGGAAGACGAAUGGGUCGAGUGGUACACCCCACCGACCAGAGGACGUCCCUAUGGCCGGGGAGGAAAAGGACCUACACGUCGUAGCCGGGGACCAUGGACUGCAGAGAAAGGGUUCAACCGUGCUCUCGGCAAGGUACGGAAGUUAAGACAGGAUUGCGAGGAAGGGACAGAGACAGGUGUCACAGCCGAGGCGUUUAUGCAAUUCCUCGCCUUGGUCAAUAAUAGCCCGAGUACUCAGAUGCCAAACUCGGCCUAA